UUCAUUUCAUUGCUCAACUCACUGUACUACGAAAUCAACAGCUGCUGUCGCCUUUUUUAGAUUUUAUUACUAGAAAUAAUUCUACCAGCUGUUUGAUGUUUUACUGAUUGAUUACUGAUUGUCAAAUCAUGGCUUUAUGUAACUUGGUGUGCAGUAGAACUCUUCGACACUUGUGUCGUGUCACUGGCCAGAGAUGUUACUCACAAGCCGAUUCCGCUGCAGCUUCACAAACUUUUCCGAAAAUCACAACUCACUAUACAAUUCAUCCAAGGGAGAAAGAUGAACGUUGGAAUGAAGUCAAUAUGGAGAGAUUUGUGGAUGAGGCAGACGUGGUGGUGGUUGGGGGAGGGCCUGCUGGAAUGUCAGCUGCCAUCCGACUCAAACAGCUGGCGGCUCAGGACAAUAAGGAGUUGAGAGUGUGCGUUGUCGAGAAAGCUUCAGAGAUAGGAGGACACAUCCUGUCUGGGGCUGUCAUUGAUCCUGUGGCACUCAACGAACUGUUACCAGAAUGGAAGGAACUGGGAGCACCACUCAACACACCUGUCACCGAUGACAAGUUCGCCUUCCUCACCAAAAACUCCAGGAUACCAAUACCAGUGUUGAAAGGUAUGCCAAUGGAUAACCAUGGAAAUUUUGUGGUGCGACUGGGCCAUGUGGUCAAGUGGCUGGGGGAGCAGGCCGAAGGAGCAGGGGUGGAGUUGUACCCAGGCUAUGCGGCAGCAGAGGUCCUGUAUCAUCCUGAUGGCAGUGUCAAGGGCAUCGCCACUAAUGAUGUCGGUAUUGCCAAGGAUGGUUCUCCCAAGUCAUCAUUUGAGCGAGGCAUGGAGCUCCACGCCAAGGUGACCAUAUUUGCAGAAGGCUGCCAUGGACACCUCGCGAAGGGUUUGAUGAAGAAAUUCAACCUAAGAGAGCAUGCAGAGCCUCAGUCGUACGGGUUGGGGGUGAAGGAAGUGUGGGAGGUGCGGCCCGAGGUCCACUCCCCUGGCAGAGUCGAGCACACCAUAGGCUGGCCUCUUGACAAGAAGACAUAUGGAGGCUCAUUUUUGUACCACUUAAAUGAGUCAACUCCUCUGGUUGCUGUUGGGUUUGUUGUGGGAUUAGACUAUGUCAACCCCUACUUGAGCCCCUUCAAGGAGUUCCAACGAUUUAAACAUCACCCCUCUGUCAUCAAGACUUUUGAAGGAGGAAAGAGGAUAGCGUAUGGAGCUCGGGCCUUGAAUGAAGGAGGGUUCCAGUCCUUGCCUAAGCUGACAUUCCCUGGGGGCUGUUUGGUUGGCUGCAGUGCUGGGUUCCUCAACGUUCCCAAGAUCAAGGGCACCCACAACGCUAUGAAGAGUGGGAUGUUGGCUGCGGAGAGUGCAUAUGAGGCUGUCACUAGCGAACAGACCUCACCUACUGCAGGUUUGGAACCGGUAUCUUACACAGAACGCAUCAAAGACAGCUGGAUCUGGAAGGAGUUGAAGAGUGUCCGCAAUUUCCGUCCUUCAUUCCACAAUCCUCUGGGUCUCUAUGGUGGCCUGGUCUACUCAGGAUUCAGCAUGAUCCUGGGUGGACGUGAGCCGUGGACACUUUCACAUGGAGGUGCAGAUCACACAAAGUUAAAGCCAGCCAAAGAGUUUCAGCCGAUCGACUAUCCCAAGCCUGACGGAGUGAUUAGUUUUGAUCUGAACACAUCAGUGGCUCUGACCGGCACGAAUCACGAGGCAGACCAACCCCCCCACCUCACACUCAUGGACGACACUGUGCCGGUCAAACACAAUCUUGGUGUCUUCGAUGGUCCUGAGGGCAGGUUUUGUCCAGCAGGAGUGUACGAGUAUGUGCCACUGGAAUCCGGUGAAGGUCAACGUCUGGUGAUCAAUGCCCAAAACUGUAUCCACUGCAAGACCUGUGACAUCAAGGAUCCCAGUCAGAAUAUCAACUGGGUAGUGCCGGAGGGCGGUGGCGGUCCUGCGUACAAUGGAAUGUAAACAGAACUGUAACAUCUGUUGUACUCUAAUCUAUUCGUAACGUCAUCAGGUCUGGGAAGUGUGAUGACAUCAUUUUGGGUAGUUUCAACAAUGUUACAGAAUAAUCAACAAUGUUAGUUUUCUGCAAAUAGUGAAGCAAUGGAGUUUUUAUGACUCAAGGAAAUAUAGGUCCUUCACAUAGUUUGUGCCUUAAUAAGAGAAUUUACUAAAAUAAGUAGGUGUCUGAAAAUAAGAGAUGAAAUCAAAGAUACUUUAACUUUUUGAUUAUUAAUUCAAUCUUAUAAUAGUUCAACUUAGUUAGAUUUCUCGUAUUUGCCUUUAAAAGGUACAAAAACUCCUAUUGUUUCUUUGAAGUUGAGUUUCACUAAUCCAAAUUGGCACCAAACCUUGUUUGGGAUACAACAUUUUUGGACUAAUCUAAAUCGUUUAAAUUGUGCUAUCAAAAAACCAUCAAUAUAAUCAAUAUUUUAUUACAACUAGUUCAUUGUGGCCCAUGGUAAGUUGAAGUUUGGUAUUAUAAAAUGUGUAAAAAAUGUCCUAUUUUAAAUUAGUGUUUAUUACAAGUAGGUUCAUAACAAUAAAAACACAUUGUUUUAGGAGUUAUUUGUGUCUGUAAUUUGAGAAUAGAGAAGCAGAAUUUAUGCUUUAUGCAGAUAAGCUUUUGUGGUCUGUUUUAAUAACUAGAAAUUCGCAUGAGUAUCUUUUCUCGACAUUUGUAAAAUGUCCAAUCCACCCCAUCACUGUAACUAUAUUUAUUAUUGUUAACAUUGGAACUACCCAAAUAAUUGAAAAAUAUCAAACAAGCCAACAUAAUUUGUAAACUUUAAGGUGCUGAAGUUUAUAGAUUUCUCACAGAUCUGCCAGUUUGUUUUAAUAUUUUUCUUGCCAGCCAAGUAAAACUCUUUAGCAAAAUAAAUUUCUAAAAAAGAAUUUUGAUACAAAUGAAUUAUAAUAAGUAAACUUAUAGGUACUUUUUAUCACAAGUAGUGUAUUUUGCUUCAAUAGUAUUAAUUACAAAAUUAAUAUUAACUUUUGUUACAUUAUAUUAUUCGUACACAUUAAUGAGUAGAGCUAUUCAAGUUUAACAUUAUUUUGUGUUCAUUUACCUAGUUAUAAUUUCAUAAGAAAGGUUUUUGAUAGGUUCGUUUAGGUAAAAUUAAAAAUACUCAAACUUAUUGUAUUUGUUUUACACUUGAAUGUAGGUAUAAAGUGAUUAGUCCAUGGGAAUUAAUUUUGCAACAGUGCAAUGUGACCUUCUAUUGAUAAAGUAGCAUGGCGCAAUAAGUGUUCAGGUAUUAAAUGUACUAUAUUUAAAAUUGAUCAGGGUUGCUAAUUUAAUUGUCUUAGGUGUUGUUAUAUAAGCAUACUGUUGUGUGUACAUAAGUGUAAAAAAGAAUUAAUUAUACAAAUCAAUAAACAAUUAUAUAGUGGAUGGUUUAGCCCCUUUAAAAGUAAGCAGACGAUCUAUGACUCAAAUGACUGUGUGAAAAAGGCUGGUUUAUUCAUUUUUAUUUUCAUGUUCUUUUUUUUCUAUUUAACCAACGAUUGUAAACUAUAGAGUUACAUAUUCUAUGCACAAAAUAUUAUCAAGAAGUGCAAUAAGUUAUAAUAACUCUUUAAGACCAUUUAGUACCACAAAAUAAAGUGUUAAUCAAUUGACAACAAAAAAAAAACAGUGAUGGAGUUAUUUUGAUAAUUCAAGAUCACUAAUUGCUUGUUAUGUUAACAUCUGUUUUCUUCAUUGCUUACAAUACUUAAAUAUAAAAAAUAGUCACAAUAGUUGUUUAUAUUUAAGAAAUACAUAAGUCACAUACUUACAUAUUUAAUUACAGAGAUAUCUUCAGUUUUCUCAGCAUUCUUAGUCUUUAUUUAUAUAGAUAAAAUAAAGUUUAAAAAUAGGUUUCCAAGUUUAAAUAUUUUUUUUCCUGUACUCUGUCAACAUGAUAUUUGUGUAAUUAAAAAAUUAAUAUCUUUUUUAAUAUUUAAUUAGAAAUAUUUUAUAAAGUAUUACUUUAAAAUGUUCUGCUUGUACAAGAAGCAUUCUAUAAGUCAAAAUACCUAAAGAUACCUAAAUGAUAUUAAUAUUUAUAUUUAAUAGUCAUUAUCAUAAAAUAUACUGGCCAUCAAAGAAGUUCCAAGAUCACGUUUGGUUUUAAAAGGGUUAAACCAUAAUACACUGCUAAUUAUAGGUACAUUGUAAGUAAUCAUGUUUUUGUUAUAAACUUUGUCCUCUCUGUUCAAGAAGUGUAAAUGAUUUUAAUAUUAUUACUUAAGUCAUUUAUUCUUAUGUUAUUUGUGCCUUUUAACUUAGGCCUAUUUAGCUUAAUUUUGGUUUUAUAUCAUUGUAUUUUAAUAUGUGUAUCAAGUCCACUUGAUACAAAAUUUCCAUUUGUCUGAUUGUUAUAAAAUGAUAUAUUUGUAUUAAAUAUUAAUUUGGAAAUAUUUAUUUAAGUGAUUUACAUUAUAUAUAUACAGGCAUUACUCUAUUAGUAAUUAAAGCUAUUUCUACAAAAUCAAGUUCUAUAUUAGAAUGAUCAUGUCCAUAUUUGUAAAUAGAGAUUAAGACUGUGUGUCAUUUUUAUAAGAACUUCUGUUAUUAAAAAUUAUAUUGUUUUAAA